GAGAUAGGAUGGUGCAAUUGUAAGCAGACCUACAUGAGCAAUAUGACUACUGGUCAUAGAGCUCAGGUAUUUAAUGACGAGGUACGCACUAGUGGACAAAUAAAUCCGCCCUUGUGUAUAUCAAGAUAACUAGAUUGUCUUUUUACGUCCUCGACGUGAGUUCGUUGAAACAACGUUUAUUAUUAUAACAUUCAGCCAUGGCAACACUCACAGCAACUGUAGCGUCUCAUGACCUUUCGCCAACUAUAUCGCUGACCGAAGAAUCGAGUUCCAACAGUGCAGACGCCCAAUUGAGUGACCUUUACGGAGACAAAUUCGAAUUCCCCGACUUCACCAUCAAGCAGAUUCGUGAUGCGAUCCCUCGUCACUGUUUUGAACGUCCUGCCUUUACUUCGUUAUAUUACAUGGCCCGCGAUUGUAUCGCGUUAGCUGUGGUCUUUGCUGUUUUCUAUCGUUAUAAUACCCCUGAUUUCGUGCCGUCUGCAACCGUGCGGUGCCUUUCGUGGAUAUUAUACUCUACUAUACAGGGCCUUUUGGGGACUGGGCUGUGGGUUAUAGGCCAUGAGUGCGGACAUCAAGCUUUCUCUCGGUUCAAGGUUUUGAAUGACUUCGUUGGCUUCGUCUGCCAUUCAUUCGUGCUUGUGCCAUACUUCUCGUUCAAACUUUCCCACAGGCAACACCACAAAGUCACAGGAAAUAUCUCAAGAGAUGUGGGGUUCGUCCCGAUGACGAAAGAACAGUUCGCUUCUCAUCUUCGCGUGACAGUGGACGAACUCAAUGACCUGACGGAAGAGAUCCCUUUCGUCACGGCUAUCAACCUUCUUGGACAGCAGCUCUUUGGAUGGCCGCUAUAUCUUCUCUGCAAUGUGAGCUCUCACAAUCACCAUGAAAGCAAAAAGUCAGGCCGCGGAAAAGGAAAGCGCAAUGGUCUCUUCGGUGGAGUCAACCAUUUUAGCCCUUCCAGUCCCCUAUUCGAAGCCAAAGACGCAAACGUGAUCCUAUUGAGCGAUCUUGGCCUCUUCUUGAUGGCAAGUUUUCUUGGUUAUAUCGGCUCCAGAUUCGGCUGGUGGAAUCUGUUCGUCUGGUAUGGGUUACCAUAUAUAUGGGUGAAUCACUGGAUUGCUGCUAUUACGUUUCUUCAGCACACAGACGCUUUUGUCCCUCACUACGAACCUGAGGUGUGGAGCUUCUGCCGUGGAGCAUGUUCUACUGUUGAUCGUGACAUGGGCUUCAUUGGGCGUCAUAUUUUUCACAGGGGCACUGAUACCCAUGUGCUCCACCACUUCGUCAGCACCAUCCCGUUCUAUCACGCUGAAGAGGCAACGGAGGCGAUUAGAAAGGUGAUGGGCAGACACUACCGUAGAUCUGAUAAUACUGGUUUGAUAGGUUUCCUGAAAGAUCUGUGGAAGAGCUAUCGCCUUUGUCAAUGGGUCGAGCCUGUCGAUGGUGCUGAGGGGGAAAAUAAGGGGGUUCUCUUCUACCGCAGUCACAAUUCCCCACCAGUUCCUCAACCGGAGUGACGUUUUGAUAUUCCUGCCAGACGGGACAAGAAUGAUCAUUAUGGAUUCCUGUCUCUGGCAAUCAUUUCUAUCUGCUGGAAUGUUCUAACUUGUAAUAAUGUUCGGGGACCUCCCUAAGUACCCUUAGGAAUCCUGGAGAGCACGCUCCGGAUAUGGCAUAGGUCAACCCACCGCGGGGUUUUUAGAUAGCUAGGUAAAACAGCUACAUAGGUGCUAAACUUGUCAUUCAUUC